GAACAGUAGUGAGCUGUCAUUUAAAUGUCAAAGCUAAAAGUGUAACCGUGGUGUAACUUUUCAUCCUAAAUUUAAGCCUACAGGCUGUUAUUUCGAAGCGCUAGUUUAAUUUAUGUGUUGAAAUAUUGAAGUAGGCUGUGGUGUAGAUCACACAUCCAACUUGUGCUUAAAUCAACAUUCUAAAAUUCGCUGGCGAGGAUAAAAUAAUGACUUUUUAUUCAGAUAAAGUAGAGAAUUUUUUGGCUGGAGCUUCAAUAAACUAUGAUCAUUCAGGAUAUGAAGCAACAACAACAAUGUUCUCUGCUGCUGACCAGUCAUCAACUAGUGGGUCAAAAAUCAGCCAUGUAACUCUUACAAAUUCUGACCCAUUGUUUUCAUCCCUUCGUGAAUGGCUUGAUUGUCGGUCACAAUGUUUGCCUGAUGAGGAAGUACUUAAUGAAUCAAAUGGUCUAAUUGAUGCUGGGCUGCAGUUUGUUGAGAUGGCAGCAAGUGCAUUAGAAACAGUGGUUCAAAACAAAGAAGAUUUGAGACACUGCUUCAAAGUACCUCUCACUGCAAAUGUCUUACCUCUACAUUAUAAUCAACAUAAGAAUUUCAUAGACAUGGUCCAGUGUUUAGGUGAAGUAGGUAACAAAUAUGAAGAUUACUCAAUGAUCUCUACUGAUAAAGUGGUUUCAAGUGUACAUCAAUUUCUGGACAAACUGGAAAGUGCAGAGAAAAAGGUUGUGGAUGUGCAAAAAAUUUCCAUUAUUACAGCUGCAGAUAUUGAAGAAGUCAGAAAUAAAUUUUAGACAAAAUUACGACAUGUUUAUUGAAACUGUACAAUAUUGAGAGGUGAAAUUGACAGUGACAAUAUUUUUGAAAAUGUUUCUUGUCUCUGUGUACAUUUCUCCAUUCCUGUAAUUUGGGAAGUAAUGAAAAAAAAGCUUGUUCA